CACCGAUAACCCCAAAGUACUGUCAGUUGUCAGUUGUUGUUCACCCCAUGCACAUGCGCUCUGUUAGAUAAGAGAUAAGGAAGUGCCCCACCAAAAAAGUUCAGCCCUGUCCGUGUCGAAAAAUUAGGACUGGACAAUCGCCGACUGCAAUGGAAGUCAAGGUGCCGUUCCAUUCUACCCACCUAUUUAGAAGUGACAGCACCAUUGAGGCACCCUACUAAUAAAGGAGGUGCAUCACUUUCACCAUGGCUCCACGACAGCCAUCUCCAACCCCGUCCGAGAAUGAGGUUGACAUCGUUGGGUCCCUAUUCAUCGACGAUGCUGAAACCGGCUUGAGUAAACAGGGUAGAGGACCAGCAGUGAAUGGCGAUGACCUUGAUUUUGAGGGCCUUCUGAAUACAGGGGGUGGCGAUGGAUCCGAUGAAGAUGGGGGGGACGAAGCAUUCAUCGCCCUCCGGCAGGCGGCUUCCUUCAGGAAAACCACCAACCUCAAGGGCAAGACUGCGAAGAAGGGAGGCGGUUUCCAGUCAAUGGGCCUUGGCCCCAACUUACUCAAAGCCAUCGCCCGAAAGGGCUACUCCGUCCCGACUCCUAUCCAGCGAAAAACGAUUCCCCUAAUCAUGGCCCGGAAGGACGUUGUUGGAAUGGCGCGGACGGGUUCUGGAAAGACUGCUGCAUUCGUCAUCCCCAUGAUCGAGAGACUCAGGGCACACAGCGCGAGAGUCGGAGCCAGAGCCCUCAUCAUGUCGCCGUCGCGAGAGCUCGCUAUACAGACUCUGAAAGUAGUCAAGGAGUUUGGCAGAGGAACCGACCUGAAGUCCGUUUUGCUGGUCGGAGGAGACAGUCUUGAGGAGCAGUUCGCGGCCAUGGCGUCAAACCCCGACAUAAUCAUAGCCACCCCCGGCCGUUUCCUCCACUUGAAAGUCGAGAUGUCCCUAGGCCUGUACUCGAUCAAAUACGUCGUUUUCGACGAGGCAGAUCGGCUGUUCGAGAUGGGUUUCGCGGCGCAGCUAACCGAAAUCCUUCACGCCUUGCCCGCCUCGAGGCAGACGUUGCUCUUUUCCGCGACUCUACCCAGCUCCCUAGUGGAAUUCGCUCGGGCCGGCUUGCAGGAUCCUUCGCUGAUCAGACUAGACGCCGAGACCAAGGUAUCGCCCGAUCUCGAGAGUGGCUUCUUUGCCGUCAAGGGGGGCGAGAAAGAGGGUGCGCUGCUGCACAUCCUGCACGAUGUCAUCAAAAUGCCGCUGGGCUUGCCGGAGGGCGCCGAAACGGAAUCGGAAAUGAGCUCGAAGAAGCGAAAGCGUGGUGGUGACGUCUCGUACCAGAGGCCAAAGCCGACCGAGCACUCGACGAUCGUGUUCGCGGCGACUAAGCACCACGUGGAGUACCUAGCUACUCUGCUGCAGCACGCGGGAUUUGCGGUGUCGUACGUCUACGGAUCACUCGACCAAACAGCGCGGAGGAUCCAAGUGGAGAAUUUCCGGAGAGGGCAGUCCAACAUUCUUGUGGUGACUGACGUUGCUGCGCGAGGUAUCGACAUUCCUGUCCUGGCCAACGUCAUCAACUACGACUUCCCUCCCCAGCCCAAGAUUUUCGUUCAUCGAGUAGGCCGGACCGCUCGUGCCGGGAAGGCGGGUUGGAGUUAUAGCCUCGUUCGUGAGGCUGAUGCGCCGUAUCUCCUGGAUCUUCAGCUCUUCCUUGGUCGAAAGCUCGUUAUCGGCCGGGACAGCGGCGACCGCUCAUUCGCCGCAGACGUCGUGGUCGGUUCCCUGAAAAGAAGCGAGGUCGAAACGAAUGUCGAAUGGGUAAACAAGAUCCUGGACGAAAACAGUGACAUAAACGCCCUGCGCGGUGUUUCUGUCAAGGCAGAAAAACUGUACAUGAAGACGAGGAACUCGGCCUCGACCCAGAGCGCCAGGAGGGCCCGAGAGCUCGUGGGGUCCAGAGCCUGGUCGCAGCUGCACCCCAUCUUCGACGAGGAGGCCGCGGACAUCGAGGAGGCUCGGUCGACGAUGCUCGCCCAGAUCAGCGGCUUCAAGCCGCAGGAGACCAUCUUCGAGAUCGGCCCGAGAGGCAAGUCAGCUCAUAACCGGCCCGCGGAGAUUAUGCGGAAUAUCCGGACAUGGGUCGGGCCCCGAAGACGCAAGGGAGAGGACGGCGCCGUUGCGGAGGAGGAGGACGGUGGCAAGAAAUUGCCGCCCCAGGACGACGACGACGAUGACGACGACGCCGACGACGCCACCAUGGGCGGCGGAUAUCCCGAGAGCGAUGAAGAUGUCGUCGCUGGGCAGGUUGCCGAGGCCGAGGAUGAAUCAGACGAGGAGGAGCUAGAAGUCACGGUGUCGAACACGGCAACCUCCCGAAAGGGGGAGGCGUCGUGGAAGGACCCGGAGGUGUUCAUGUCGUACACGCCGCGGACGCUGAACGCGGCCGACGAGCGGGGCUACGGGGUGCACUCUGGCGGGCAAAACGCCAACAGCUUCGUGGAGGAGGCACGGCACGCGACCAUGGACCUCACCAACGACGACGGGGCCAAGGCGUUCGGCGAGCCGACGCGGGCGCGCAUGCGCUGGGACAAGAAGCAGAGCAAGUACGUGGCCAACGCCAACGACGAGGACGGCUCCCGCGGCGCCAGGAUGGUGCGCGGCGAGAGCGGCGUCAAGAUCGCGGCGAGCUUCCAGAGCGGGCGCUUCGACAAGUGGCGCCGCGCCCACCGCCUCGGCAAGCUGCCGCAGGUCGGCGAGGCGGAGCGCGUCGGCCUGGCCCGCAGCCUGCAGGCGGCGACGGGCGGGGGCCAGCAGCAGGGGCCCGGGGGGUUCCGGUUCAGGCACACGGCCGACACGGCGCCCAAGGAGGCGGACAAGUUCCGCGACGACUACCACGUGCGCAAGAAGCGCGUGGCCGAGGCCAAGGAGAAGCGCGUCGGCAAGUACAGGGACGGCGCGGGCAAGGCCGGGGAGGUCAAGGACGCCGAGGCGAUCCGCAGGGAGAGGAGGGUCAAGGAGCUCAAGAUGGCCAAGAAUGCCCGGCCGGCCAAGAGGGGGGGCGGCAAGGGGGGCAAGCCGAGGAGGUGA